AUGUGCUGCCGCUAUGCGUGCCUUAAGGCGGCUGCGGCGAAGCGGCGGGCGCGGCAUGCCGAUGGCAGUGCGGACGAUGCGAUCGUGGCGGUGCUUGGCAUGCACUUCUGCGAUCCCAAUCAGCUCAUCGCAACGAAGCAGCGCAACAAGCUGGCUGCUGCCAACAAGGCCCUAUGCUACCUCACGCGCGGAUCGUUCAAAGAGGACCAGCAUACACAGGCUUCUCUGACAUGCGUUUGUUUGAGCUUGAUGGCUAUUUGUGAGAACUAUUUGGCUAGAUGUCGCCGAAGUGCGCUCAAGAAGCAGCAACGAGAAUCGGAAGAGGAGGAUGCUGAGGCGGCGAUUGCUGAGCAUGAGGAGGAUCGAUCGCCCGCCGCGCAGGCGAAGAAAAUUUGGGCGCGAGCGCCGUAUAUCGCGUGCCAUGGCCGACUUAGCCGCGAGCUGCUUAAAUUCACGGUCCUUGCGAUGCCAAUUUACGUCGCGCCGACGCUGCUCAGCCUCAUCGACACAGCUGCAGUCUCAUCCGUGCAGCUAGCGGCGCUCGGACCGGCGUGUGGAAUCUGCGACGCGAUUUCGACCAUGAUGGUCUUCAUCUCCGUCGGUACCACCAACGCCGUCUCGACUGCUGUGGGCGGAGGCGACCGCGCCGCCGCCAAGCGCGCCGCCUCUGUCUCCGUCACCACCUCGUUCGCAAUCGGCUGCGUGCUUGCGCUGCUCCUGUCCCUCUCUAUCGGACCGCUCAUCGCCAACUUGGCCGCGCCCGCCGCCGUGGCGAGCACGGUCGCGCGAACGGGAGGCGACGCCGCCGCCGUUGCGGUCACCACUCAACUCUGGGCUGCGUGCGAGACGUACGUCCGCAUCCGCGCGCUGUCCUUCCCCUUCUCCCUCGCGCUCAUGUCUGCACAGGCGUCUUGCCUUGGCGCAAAGGACUCGCUCAACCCCACCCUCGCCACCCUCACAGCCUCUCUCGUCAACGUUGCCGGUGACGCCGCCCUCGUCCUCGGGCCGCUCGCCAUGGGCAUCGCGGGUGCCGCGUGGGCGACAGUGGGCUGUCAGGUCGCGGCCGCGUUUGUGCUGCUGCGCACGCUGCGCCGGAAGGGCAUGCUCGAGCUGCGCCAGCUGCCCUCUGCUGAUGAGCUGCGACGCUUCUUUGCGUUCGGAGCCUUCAUCGUCGUGUUGUUUGUCAAGCAACUGGUGUACAACCAGGCCAUUCUGCUCGCCUCCAUCCUCGGGACCGCCGCCGGCGCGGCGCACCAGUGCCUCUUCUCCAUCUUCAGACUCUGCUGCACCCUUGGCGACGUGACUGGGGCAACCGCGCAGAGCUUCCUUCCCCGGUACUAUGUGACCGACGAGGCUUCCGGCCGUGUCACGUUCGACGCCGCCUCCGCGCGAGGGACGAUCAAGCGCAUCGUCGGCAUGACUGCGCUGGUCGCGCUCUGCAACACGGCCAUCACCUUCAGCGUCCCGCUGUUGCGGCCGGGCCUCUUCACAGCGGACGCCGAGGUUACCCGCUUGCUGCGGCGCGCGGCGCCGAUUGCGGCGGCGGGGCUGCUGCUCCACCCGCCCGUGGUUGGGAUGGAGGGGUGCCUCCUCGCCACCAAGGACGUGCGUUGGCUGGUGCGCCACUACGUGGUCACGGGCGGCAUUGCCGUCGCCGCGACGCAGCUGCUGCUCAAGGUUGGGGCGCUGCGGUCCGCCCUCAGCCUCGACGGUAUCUGGCUCUACCUCGCCGCGUUUCAGGCCACGCGCGCCAUCAGCUUCGUCGGGAGGCUUAUCGGCGUCGGCAAGUCGCCGCCCAAGAGAUAA